UCAGGCAGAUACCUUAUUAGACCUCAAGUCUUGCCAAUAACGUCUAACUUGAAAAAACUGCAAUAUGACAAGUUUAAGCCUAAGAAAACAACUCUAUGUUUUAAUCUUUCUAUCAGAGACAAUGCCCACAAUGGAAGUUUAUUGCCCUGCAUCCGAACCAACUAUGAGAGAGGUACAAACUUGUCCAACAACUUUAGAAGCGCUUAAGACAGCAAUGAGAAUUAAAAAUUGUGAGAGCAUGUCAACCAUGCAAAACUGCACAUCUGCCGAAAAUUUUCGAUACCACUGUGUGCUGCAAAUGAAUCUGAAUAAACUCGUAGACGUCUGCGCGCCAUCAAUAUAUUCACAGGGCAAAUGCGUUAAAUAUGAUACUGUUGGGAAAGGAAUUCAACAAAUUGAGGAAAAAUCUUGCCAGCAUUACAAAAAUCCUUGUCCUAUUGGGUUUUCAUCGUGGAAUUCAACUGCCUAUGCAGAUUGCUAUAUGCUAUUGGAAGACUUAAAAGAAAAUGAUGAUAGUACAACGGAAAAUAUUUUGCCGAUUAUCGCAAUCGUGGUAUUUGUUGUGCUUUUUCUCGUGUUACUUGUCAUCGGUCUCGUUAUAAAACGAAGAAAAGGACAUAAAGAAGCUGAAAAUAAU